AUGGCCGAAGCGCAGAAAGCAAAUAUCGUCAUGUUUGGUUUUGCAAAAAGUGGUAAGACCACGUUUAUCAAGGAUGUCGUCGAUAACGCGUUUUGUGAAGAUUAUGUUGAGUCCACUCAGGAAAUACCAUCACAAACCAGUGUCACUGUCGGUUGUGCCAAAUUUGACGUUUUAAUUUACGAUAUCGGAGGAAACUCUUUGACCUCAAAAAGCGCGACAGUAGCGACAUACGCUUCCAGCGGUACAAUUCACAUAUUCGUCAUUUCAAACUCAAAUUUGGACAAAGAGGCAAACGAUCAGAUGAAAAUGCUUGGCGGACUUAUCGAAACCAAGUCAUACCUUGAUCAGACCGUCGACGUGAUGGCUUUCAUUGUCACUAAAAAAGACCAAAGUGCGGACUUGGACACAUCUAAAGUGAAAGAAAUCGCAGAGAAAAAACAAGCUCUUUACUUUGAACUUGACCUCCACAACACCCAGGAAGCUCAAGAAACACUCAAAAAAAUCAUCGCUAAGUACGCCGAAGUGAAAGGCAUACCAACUGAGGCGAAGGGGAAAAAAGGAAAGAAGGGCGGAUGCACUUUGUUUUAA